GGGGUUUGUUGAACCAAACAGGCGGUUCAACGGGAUGACCACAUGGUAAUUACCUAAAACAUCCUAAAACCUUUUGCGAUCUUUGCACUUGGUCUCUUGGACUCUCGCCGAAGUCAUUUCCCAAUUCAAGCCGUGUCCUGUCGAAUCAAUGAUGUGUUGUCGUCGCCUCCUGGUCGUCACGCUGGCGCUGUUCCCGGUGGUCGCCCUGCGGCACGCGGAGGAGGAGUCGCCUUCGGAGGCGGCAAGAAGUGGUGAUGAGGAUGGCGAUGAGGAUUUUCUCCAUGAUCUUCAUGACAUUGAUUGGUUUCAACGCCCUGCAAGGCCCCGAAAGCGAAAGGAGGCUGAGAAGGGAACCUCUUUGGCUGAAUGAAGCACUGAUGAUGCGACGUUGUCAUGCUGUCCCAUGCACCCUGUGAGUGCAAAGUUGCCGCAAUCUCGAACUCUGAGAAAACUUUCGCAGGAGAGAGAAUCGGCUGUCAGGCUGAAAGAUCUCUGAGCUUCACUGUGUCUGAACGUUGGAGCUGCAGGUGGCUUGAGUCUUGAGUCCCAAAAUCACGAUCCCUGCAAAAAGCACCAUUUUGCUCGCAUCUGGAUUGCCAGGGGCGUGGCGAGACACUUUCGUUGGCUCGCAUCCAUGCCUUCUUGAGUGGGCUUCAAGCCUGCUUUCUGCCAGUGAGUAUCAUUCUGUCGAGUCACUGCUUUUGGAGGCAAUGGCGAAGACGCCGAAAGUGAAGACUUCGACGGACCACACUGGCGCAAUGCUUGAGAUGGGCAGUGCAGGCAGCGCAGGCAGCGCAGGCAGCGCGCGCAAUGCCUGCACCUCGAAGUUUCGCAAGACGGAGACCGUUUUGGGAGAAGGUGAAUUCGGCACGGUCUACGAGGUGGAGCCGGUGCAGAGCUGGUACGAGUACUUGACCUUCGCUCAGACGCAGAAGUUCGCCCUCAAAGUGCCCAAGGAGGAAGGUGUUCUUGAAGCGGAGAAAGAGCUGGAAGUGAUGGCCGCCACAGGAAAGCUUGAGUGUGCCCACGUCUUACCAUUGCUGGAAGCAAACCCAUGCAUUGACGGAGUGACCUUGGAGAAUUCCUUUGUGACGACGCUGCUGCCGUGGGAUUUUGAAAAGUGGCACCGGACACACAAGAUCCCCAAGAAAUGCUUCGAGGGUGUGAAGUUUGCCAUCAAAGACGGCUUGGACUGCAUGCAUGCAGCAGGCUACAUCCACAACGACCUCAAGGAUGGCAAUGUCUUGUUCGAGUACUUGGAUGAAGAUGGCUGUCCGCAGGGUAUCAAGUUGGCAGAUUUCGGUCUCUCACACCCCAUCAACACUCCCUUGAACAAGUAUGACAAGGCAUCCUACAAGGAGACCAUCCAUAUGACCGCGAGUCUCUUUGCUGACAUGAAGGACCCCUUGAACCUCACUGACCCGGUGGACCCCUGGAUGGUCAGAGCAGAGGGGACCAUCGACGAGUGUUCGUGGGCGGAGAUGGCCUAUCAGCUGUUCAAGAAGAAGGAUAAGGAACUUCAAGAGAAGUUGGGCAAAGGUGCCUGUGGAAAAAUGGGCCCCAGGCGGAAGUUAACGCUGCCUUGAACAGCCGCCAGACAUCGCCAGACUCUGUGAGAAACUCCAGCGAGAAAAAGUGGGACGGCCGUCUGCGAUUUUGCAGGGAAGACAUACGAAAUUGUACAAAACUGGAAUGUGCGGCGAUCCGCUUCGACUCAGCAACGUGAGAGAUGGCCCUUGAGGACAACUCAUCUUGGCAAACACGGUGUUUCCACCUGCAUUACCUGC